AUGACCUCAACAAUAUCCUCUACGAACGUAUCACCAAUCUUUAACGAUAUCAUUCUAGUUUUAGAAUCCAUAAAUGACACGUUUUCCACCAAAAGAAUUUGUCUUUCUGACAACAUACCGGUCAAAAUAGGCCGUAUGACUAAUAAAAAUACGCACCAAACUCAAACGAAUGGUUAUUUUGAUAGUCGAGUCCUUUCCAGAACUCAUGCUGAGAUAUGGAAUGAUAAUGGAAAAAUUUUUAUAAGAGACUUAAAGUCUAGUAAUGGCACAUUUGUUAACGGAAAACGCAUUAGUAUCGAAGACAAAGAAGGCGAGCCUGUUGAACUUAAGAAUUACGAUAUACUGGAAUUUGGUAUUGAUAUAUUCAGCGAAAAUGACCGUAAGCUCUUGUACAGAAAAAUUGCAACGACAAUACAAAUUAUUUCAUCGAGUAAUGCGCGAUCGAAAAUGAAUAUGAUCAUGAAUGGUCAAUCUUCCUGUAAGCGCCGUCCUGGACUAAUGUCUGAAAUUUAUUCUUCUGAUGUUUCCUUCGAAUUAUACAAUGCACGUGAUGAGAGUCGCCGUUUAACCGAGUUGAACGGCGUUCUGAAUGAUAUAGGAAAUACAUUAGUGAGCAAAAACAAUAGGGAUCGAUCGAAUGAGAACGGUGUAUUCCAUCACAAUUUUAAUGAAAUGCAAACAAAAUUUCAUGCAGUGGUGUCAGAACUUAAUAAAAAACUUGAGCAUGAAAUUUGUCUUCGUAAUGAAUACAAAGAAAAAUCCCAAAUGUAUGAGAAGAAAAUUCAACAGCUUGAAGAAAGUUUAAAAGUAGCCUGUUCAAACAAUCUAGAGUCGGACUCUAAACAGAUUGAAAAAUUAGAGGUACAAGUUCAGAUGUUUUCACAGCAAUUAGAAUAUUAUCCAAGUCAGCUAAAAGAUGCAAAUAUAAUACAUUCUGAUGAAGAUGAUGAUUUACAGAAACAAUCUGAAAGCUUACAACUUUUACACGUGUCUGAAGUGGACGAAUUACAAUAUAAAAUCCAAGAAAUGAAUACCGAAUUGGAAAUUACUAGUAGAGAACUCAGUGACUUACAAAAUCUUUAUUCUUCCGAUACUGAGAAGUACAAAAAGCGAAUAAAUGAAUUGUUGAAGCAGCUAGAUGAUGCCCCAAAAGAUGAAAGUACCACCAAAAUCGAUGAAUUAAAUAUACUAUCAGAAUUUAACGAAUUAAAAUCAAGAUAUGAGCGAAUAAUUGUUGAACACGGAGCGUCAAUUUCAAAGCUUAAUGAAGAGCAUGCGGACGCUAUCGCUUUCAAAGACAAUCUCAUUCGUUGUCUUCAACGUGAAAAAGAUGUUUUUUCAAAUCAAUUCAAUGACUUUAAAAAAGAUGCCCAAAACGCUUUGGACACCGUUCAACAGCAACUUAUAAAUGCUCGUGAAGAAAUUAUAUCUAUAGUGAAUGAGAACAAUAACUUAACUGUUGCCAAUGGUGAAAAUCUAAAAAAGAUUGAAAUUCUUAAGGCAUGUUUGAAAGACUACGCAAAUGCAGAUUGUAGUGAAAUUGAGCAAAUUCAAGCAGAGAAUGCAAGGUUAACAGAAGAAAAUUCCAAGGUUAACCCAAAACUUAAACGAUCGAACCAAGAUGAAUCAACGGAAAUUGAUCGAAACAUCAAAGUGGAAUUAUCAAAACGUCUUAGCGGAGAAUCCUCACAAGCUAUCACAUAUCAACAUCAAAAACAAGAAAAUAUGGUAAAAGACUCUGAACAGACUAAAUUAUUUCUCAUGGAGUUAUAUUAUGGUAUUGUUUAUUUCAUUUACGUUGCUUACAUUCUUUUCUUAUUUAUUUGA